UUUCGACGCAUGAAAGUGACAAACCCACUGGCGGCACUGUAUUGCGUCGACUGCGACUAUCGCAAUCGCGUUUCCUCGAACAAGUAAUGUAGUAAAGUAAGUUAAAUAUAGACUAAUCCAAAGACCAGAACGACUGAAAAAAAUUCCCUCACAUAAUAAUAAACUUAACCAAGAUGACAAGCGCAAAACUAGUAAACCUUGGUGGAUUAUUACGGCUAACCACCACCGCGCCCCUUUGCAACACCAGCAAAGUUCUAAACAACUCGGUGCGAUUCAAAACGUACAAAAAGAGAUCUGGGGCGAUCCUCCCUGAGCCCCCACGAACCCCAUUUGGUAUCGUGGGCGUAAUCUGCACUGUUGUACCAGGCAUACUUAUUGGUGCCACUAUUAGUAAGUACAUGGCUUCAUUCCUUGAAGAGAAUGAUCUAUUUGUGCCAUCAGAUGAUGACGAUGAUGAUGACUAAGCCCUACUGAAGAUGAGUAAAGAAGUAAUUCAUAAAUUUUAAAACUCUGCUAGGCUGUUGUUAUUCAAUUAAAUUACAACUUGAACAAAUGUUUCUGUAUAAGACAAAAGAGACAGACAAGGUAUUUAUUGUAUUGUUAAAUCUAAAGAUGUGUCAUUACCUGUUACAACUUCUUCCCUUUCAACUAUUGUAAGAAAUAAACAAGUUCUAGUCACA